CUUUUUGUUCAAACAAAUCAAAGCAAACUAAACACCUUUUUGUCACAAAAUUUGACACAUCAUUUCUACCAAAAUGAGCAGCUCAGAUGAACGUGGUAGCAGCACAAGUGCACACCAGAGAAAAUACAGAGGAAUUCGGCGUCGAAAAUGGGGGAAAUGGGUGUCGGAAAUUCGAGUUCCAGGUAGCAGUGAACGUCUUUGGCUUGGCACUUAUACAACCCCAGAAGCUGCUGCUGUUGCACAUGAUAUAGCCUAUUAUUGUCUCCGGGAAUCGUCGUCAUUAGGUAAAUUAAACUUCCCAUUUAUGUUACCGGUUAAUGUUGACCGUGGAAUGUCGCCGAGGUCUGUGCAAAAGGUGGCCUCAGAUGCUGGCAUGGCCAUUGAUGCAAAGUUGGUUACAAGUUACACUACUGAAAAAGGUCGUCAACAAGAAAUGAAUGAUCAUAUUUGUCAAAGUGUAGAUAAUAAUGGGCAAAGUGAAGCUCUCAGCAUUUCCGUUGAAGAUUAUCUAUAUUAUUGAUAUUUGAAGCACAUUCAUCAACGUGGAAAUAUAAAAAAACUCCUUCGUAGAAAGUCCUUUCCCCUCUUUUAA